AUGGAACUGGAUAACAUAUUUUUGAACAAACUACCGAUCGUGGCUGCCACAGGAAGCGAAGGUGGAACGUGGAACCAUUACGCCUUCAUCGAGAGCACCUGGGGUGAAAGGAAAAUACUUCUGAAGAUCAUCGUUUUCAGUCCCCUGUAUAACACACCCCUCAGCUUCUUAUCUGAGAUUGAUCAUGAGGUACUGCAGCAGACGGCCAUACGGUUAGAACGUCCCUGGAACGAGUUCCUACAAGAGACGAAGGUGGCACUCUGUACCGAGGGCGGAGCAAAUGGAUUCAGCUAUGCCGUUGAGGAGAACAAUUUUGUAUGGAGAAAGGUUAUCGGUCCGGCAAUUACCGUGACUUACGGUUCAGUCAUUCUGUUGCGCUCCCAGUGUCUUCUGUCAGAUGUGCUUUCCAACUCGAUCGGAACACAGAACCGUCUACGGAACGACGUGCAGCUAAAGAACAAGGUGCUACAUGAACUGAAGGAAGAGCACGAGGAGCUGCUUGAUUUGCAGCGUCAGCAGGAAGAGGAUAGCCGGCUGUACGAGAUCGAGUUGAUAACAAAAUGUAUCAGUAUAUUGAAUGAGAAAAAGGAAGUGAUCAAUCACUUGAAGAAAAAGCUCAUAGAGGACGAAGAAGAGCCAGAGGACGAUGAACAGGAAGGAGAUGAACGGACGGGUAUCAUUAAUCCAGCUGUUGGUCAGUUUGAACGUCAGCUUAACAGAGAUGAAGAACAAACGAGAACGUCUCCCGCACCGGACGCACUCACCGAUUCGGAACCAUUCAUGGUGGACAGUGGUCCAUUGGAUCAGGAAGAACACGCAACGCUUCCAAAACGCACUAAAUACACACCAUCCCAGCGUAGUGCGACUGCUACUUCGGCCAGUAGUAUAACGUCCACGAUCACGCGAAAAGCAGCCAUGCAUGAGGAAGAAGAUGCAGUUCCCAGAGAGACACAUGAUGGUCAGUUAGAAGAUUUCUACAACAAGGACACGGAGGAACUGUUGCAACAAAUUUAAGCAAUUUACUAACAUCGACAGAGUAUCGGGCUCAUUUAGAUCUUUAUCGGACGUUCGACGAAGGUGUGUGUGUGUGUAGUUUGAGUUUUUGUGUCUAUUCAUUUAACUGAUAGAGCAAGCUUAUUUUUUUCCGAAGUGCUGUUCAAUAUUUGGUACUAUAAUUCGGAAAGUUUCCUGUCCUUCGUACUAUUAACCGAUUUUACGUGUCGUAAAUGAAACUGUGUGUCAUAGUGCAAUGAUAUAAUUAGUGUAAUAGGAUUGUGCCAAUAGCAAGAAAACGAAAAUUGGAACUUACGAUAGUACGAGCAAUAUAAUUUAUGAUUCGUACUUCAUUAUAUAUCCAUAAAUAUCUCUUUCGAGACUGCAAAACCUUCCAUUCAUCUUUUGUUCUCUACCCAUGGCACAUAUCCAACUUCUAACUUCCUUCUUUUACGUUUCGACAAAGUCCAACAGAAUUUAUUGUUAAGAUAUACGUUAGAAAUAUCUUUCAAAGUAGUAAUAAACUAUUUAUUAUUUUAUAUCACCAUUUGUGUUAAGCAGUGCAUCACAAAAUUUUGAUAAUAAAAAUCAUGAAUUACCGUCAAUAUA